UGCUGUAAUGGCUUUGUGUAAAAUUUUGGAAGAAAAUGCUAAUGCUAUUUGUUUUGUUGAUCAAAAAGAAUUUUUACAAAACCCAACUGUCCGCCCUGGCGUUUGGUUAGUAGAAAAAUUAGGCGAAUGCGAUUUUGUUUUAACAAUAUUUUCUGAAUGUUCAAGGCGUGUAAUGGCUGGACAGAAAUUGGUACAAAGAAGACAUUUUUCUGAUUAUUUUAAUUGUGCUGUUAGAUUUGUUAUUUCGAAAAUAAACGACAUUGCUUCAAAUGAGGGACUUGUCAAAAAUGGGGUAAUAAUUAGUCGAAGACGUACAACAUCAAAGCAUCAAAGGACGGAUUCUGCUCUUAAAAAUGGAGGAAUUACUUCUCAGGAUAGUCCAAAGGAUUCAACGUCUGAAACUUGUGAAAAUUCUACAUCAUCUCGACUCAAUCAAUUCGCGUUUGCUCGUUUUUCCUACUCCCCUUCUAAUUCAAUUCCGCCUUUCUUUAAAUCUACUCUGUUUUGUGCUGGUUUUGGAUCGCUUAUUUUGCCUCAAAAUAUUGGCCAUUUAAUUGCCUGGAUUCAUGGAAUUUUGAAUGACAAAAAAGAUUUAUUAAAUGAAACAGAGAAAAAUAAUAGAUUUGAACAUCAAGCUGAUUUAAGUCCUUUGAAUGAUGCUAUAGAGGAAUUUAAGCGUUUUGAAUUGAAAAAUCCGAAUUGGAUGAAUGAAAGAUUUGACAUUGGAAAAGAUAAAAAAGGAGAAGAACAAGAUGAUUCUGUUUCCAACGAAUUACCUCAAGUUAAUCAACAUCUACACAUUCCUAACUUUGCUGAGAGAGCAGAAAUUGCUGAACGAUAUGGUCUUUUGGGACUUGACGAAAAUGAUGAGGAAAUGGAUGAGGAAAAUAAUCAAGAUUUGAAUGAAAUUAGAAACGAUACUGGCCUUCCUCAGUCAUUACACACUCAAAGAAUUGGUCCAAAAAGAUAUGAAUUGAUUGGAAGACUUGAAGAUUAUGACAGUUCUUCAAAUAAUUCACUCAAUGAUUGA